AUGAAAUGGGCCGGCGUACAUCGAGCAGCAGGUGAUUUUGCUGAAUAUGUUGGACUGGUUACAAUCCUCAUUGGUACCGUCAUGACGUUCGACUCCAGCUUCAGUUCUCAGUCUGCCUCGCCGGUUGUUAUUGCAGGAACGGUUGGCAAACCGAGCCCGAUACAAGCCCUCAUUCAAGCGGGAAAGAUCAAAGCGGAUGCCAUCAAGGAAUGCGAGAGAGCUAUCAAAUACAGAUGUUACCAGAGCUCUUAG